AUGAGAUCACUUUCUAUUGAGCACAUCCGCCAUCCUCAUACUGCUGAAAAUAUCGGUGAUAAUAUUUCUUUCUUGGACGAAUUAGAAUUACGUGAUAAGAUUUUCACAUAUCAAUUAUUACCAGAGGAAAUAAAUGUUGAAAGUAUAGAAGAUGUUUUUACAGAACUCGAAAUUUGUGAUGAUAGUGAUAUGUAUAAAAAGAUAGAUUUAGACAAGCCUAUGCAAAUAUCUAGAGUUUUGGAAAGGCUAAAAAAACUUUGUAUCGUGCCAUGUGUUUUUACUGAAAAAAAGAUAAUAUCGAAUCCUAUUUGUCUUCCUCGUAUUAAAAAGUUUGAUUUUGCACCUGACAAGAUUAAACAGAUUUAA